AUGGCGGCAACUGAGAUUGAAGACCAAAGAAAAGACGAUGAUGAUUUGGAGAAAGCAAAGGCAUUGGACAUUCGGCACUUGAAUCCAUACUUAAAAAGAGAUGCAGAUUUCACACAUGGAGUAAAUUUUGCGGUUGCUGGUGCCACAGCAUUCCCUGCAGAGUUUCUUGCAGAUAAAAAUAUAGUAAAUUCUGUCACAAAUAGCUCUCUCAGCGUACAGCUUGAUUGGAUGUGGUCGCACUUCAACUCCAUUUGCUAUAAUGACCAAGAUUGUGCAGAAAAACUCAAGAAUUCCCUAUUUGUAGUUGGGGAAAUAGGAAGCAAUGACUAUUACUAUGCAUUGCCACAGGGAAAAACGAUGAAGGAUGUCAAUGGCAUGGUUUUUGAUGUUGUCCAAGCGAUUAUUGAAGGCAUCAGAAAUCUUAUCGCUGGAAAUGUGAAUGGCACAUCAGAUCCUUAUGCUCUUGUUACUUGCGAUACAGAGAAAAGACUUAGGAAUCAACAGGUUGGUGUCGAUUAUGAUGAGACUUUUAGUCCGGUGGUCAAACCGGCAACCAUUCUUACAGUUCUUAGCAUUGCUCUCUCCAAGUCUUGA